AUGAUCCGCAGGUGUGACUGUCCGCGCCACCGUGCGGGGCUCGCUUGUGAAGAGGAGUUGGACGCCAAGGCCCUUUCAAAGCGCUGCUUGAAGCUGGGAUAUCCAGACGUGCAAAACUGCCUCAGCGGCGACAACCGCUGCCUCAACGGCUGCAACUCCAGGGGAGCUUGUCUGGCGGGGUUCUGCCACUGCCAGAAAGGUUUCUUUGGCGCCGACUGCGCUUUGUCUCUGGGUGCGGAUGGCAAGCCACAGGUGCUUGCGGACCGGGGCUACCGAGCUCGCUCCAGGGGGCCUCGGGUCUACGUGUACGACCUGCUACCCAGCAUGACAACAUGGCUCAACGACAUGCGUCUGGACCGGCCCACCAUGCGGCUCUUCCAGGAGCGAGUCACGGCCACGGGAGUGCGUGUGGGGGAUGGCGACACGGCCGACUGGUAUUUCAUACCCGUCACGCUGCGCCAUACCGCCGACGCUUACACGCUGUCGGCGGCCGUGUCGUACAUACGGGAGAUGCAUCCGUGGUGGAACCGCACGCACGGCCAUCGGCACUUCGUCAUCGCGAUAGGUGACAUGGGCCGUCUGGAGUCGGAACGCGGUCGCCAAAGCACCAACGUGACGUUCGUGACGCAUUGGGGCCUGCACGCUCCGAAACUCUUCUCCGGUUGGAAGGCCUCCCACCGUAACGCCACCGACAUCGUGCUGCCAGUACAUUUCCACCACUGGAACCGCACCGGGUACUUCAUACAGCUGGGAGACCGGCACUACGCCAAGCACCUGCUCACGUCCAAGUACUGCUUCGGGCCCACGGGAGGGGGACACGGUCAGCGCCAGAUGCAGGCUGUCCAGGCGGGCUGUGUUCCCGUGGUUAUCUCGGACGACGUGUUGGAGGCGUUUGAGCCCUUCCUGGACUGGAACACAUUCGGUGUGAGGCUGGCGGAGGCAGAUAUACCCCGGAUGCAUGAAGUGCUGGAGGCAAUCAGCCCGGAGGAGUAUGCUCAUAAGGAGGUGCUGCUCCGCUGCGCCGCCCAGCACAUGGCGUUCAGCACUGUGACGGGGUCGUACAUUGGGGAGUCGGGUCGGUACGACGCGUUCGAGACGCUUCUUGAGAUCCUCCGCGCCAAGGCCGCCCACCCGGACACCCCCCCCGAGCAGCUGCGGCAAGUGGACCCCCAGCUGGAUGCCUUCUUGGACUGCAGGGACCCGAACGACCCGGAUAUGGCACCAGCACCAGCAACAGAUGGAGGAGCAGCAGCUGGAGGAGCAGAAGCGGGAGGAGGAGGAGGAGGAGGAGAGGUCGACGGCACGACCCGUGGCGACGGUGGCAGCGAUGGUGGCAGCGAACAGCGGCUACAGGAGUCAUCUUCCAGCGCCGACAGCGACAGAGGCAGCAGCCGCAGCCGCCUCUCAGUCGUCCCCACCAGCUCAAUGAUCAGCAACAUGCGGCUAUGCAGUGUAUCCCCCUUUGACGCUGGAGAUUCGGACACGCCCAGUUGCAAGUCCCUCAGGACCCAGCGUCGAGGGGCCCUCGCUCGCAGGAUUAGUGGCCUCGGAUCCCAUCCCGUGUUCAUUAAUUGCCAAAAGCCUGACGAUGGGUACAGGGCUUUCAUGCAGGCGCAGCGCCGUUGGGACGGUUUCUUUGGCGCCGACUGCGCUUUGUCUCUGGGUGCGGAUGGCAAGCCACAGGUGCUUGCGGACCGGGGCUACAGAGCUCGCUCCAGGGGGCCUCGGGUCUACGUGUACGACCUGCCACCCAGCAUGACAACAUGGCGCAACGACAUGCGUCUGGACCGGCCUACAUUGCGGCUCUUCCAGGAGCGAAUCACGGCCACGGGGGUGCGUGUGGGGGAUGGCGACACGGCCGACUGGUACUUCAUACCCGUCGUGCUGCGCCAUUUCUGCGAUGCAACCACGCUGUCGGCGGCCGUGUCGUACAUACGGGAGAUGCAUCCGUGGUGGAACCGCACGCAAGGCCAUAGACACUUCGUUAUCGCGACAGGUGACAUGGGGCGCUCGGAGUCGGAACGCGGCCAUCUGACCGCCAACGUUACUUUCGUGUCUUACUGGGGCCUGCACGCUCCGAAACUCUCCUCCGGUUGGCGGGCCUCCCACCGUAACGCCACCGACAUCGUGCUGCCAGUGUUUCUGGGGUCUCCCAAACUGUCCCGCAUGGGCAUUUUCACGUCCCGCCUUCACCCCAAGUUUGCCACCAAGGCCCCACAUGAGUUGCGGGAGCGGAAUGGACCCAUAUUCUUCUUCGCAGGCCGAAUUUGCGGCGACCACUCUAAACCUCAAGUUGACGGUGUGUGGCCUAACUGCAAGUCGCCCCAUAAUAUGGGAUAUUCGGGGGGUACCAGGCAAAAGAUACAUUUCCACCACUGGAACCGCACCGGGUACUUCAUACAGCUGGGAGACCGGCACUACGCCAAGCACCUGCUCACGUCCAAGUUCUGCUUCGGGCCCACGGGAGGGGGACACGGCCAGCGUCAGAUGCAGGCUGUCCAGGCGGGCUGUGUUCCCGUGGUUAUCUCGGACGACGUGUUGGAGGCGUUUGAGCCCUUCCUGGACUGGAACACAUUCGGUGUGAGGCUGGCGGAGGCAGAUAUACCCCGGAUGCAUGAAGUGCUGGAGGCAAUCAGCCCGGAGGAGUAUGCUCGUAAGGAGGUGCUGCUCCGCUGCGCCGCCCAGCACAUGGCGUUCAGCACUGUGACGGGGUCGUACAUCGGGGAGUCGGGUCGGUACGACGCGUUCGAGACGCUUCUUGAGAUCCUCCGCGCCAAGGCCGCCCACCCGGACACCCCCCCCGAGCAGCUGCGGCAAGACUGCCACAAUCACUACCUCAACCACCACGAACACGACCACGACCACGACCACGACCACGACCACGACCACGACCACGACCACGACCACGACCACGACCACGACCACGACCACGACCACGACCACGACCACGACCACGACCACGACCACGACUAUCACCACCAUCACUGUCACCAUCACCGCCAUUCACGUUUCGGUUUCUUUGGCGCCGACUGCGCUUUGUCUCUGGGUGCGGAUGGCAAGCCACAGGUGCUUGCGGACCGGGGCUACAGAGCUCGCUCCAGGGGGCCUCGGGUCUACGUGUACGACCUGCCACCCAGCAUGACAACAUGGCUCAACGACAUGCGUCUGGACCGGCCCACCACGCGGCUCUUCCAGGAGCGAGUCACGGCCACGGGGGUGCGUGUGGGGGACGGUGACACGGCCGACUGGUACUUCAUACCCGUCACGCUGCGCCAUACCUGCGAUGCAACCACGCUGUCGGGGGCCAUGUCGUACAUACGGGAGAUGCAUCCGUGGUGGAACCGCACGCACGGCCAUCGGCACUUCGUCAUCGCGACAGGUGACGGGGGGCGCUCGGAGUCGGAACGCGGCCAUCUGACCGCCAACGUUACUUUCGUGUCUUACUGGGGCCUGCACGCUCCGAAACUCUUCUCCGGUUGGAAGGCGUCCCACCGUAACGCCACCGACAUCGUGCUGCCAGUGUUUCUUGGGCCCCAUCAAUUGUUCCGCAUGGGCAUUUUCACGUCCCGCCUUCACCCCAAGUUCGCCACCAAGGCCCCACAGGAGCUGCGGGAGCGGAAUGGACCCACAUUCUUCUUCGCAGGAAACCCACCUCUGUGGGUUUUGUAA